AUGGCGCCUCUUCCUCUCUGCUUUGUCACGAGCAGCAAGAAAAAACUAGCUGAAUUCUUGCAUGCAGUAGGAGACAACACCAUUGCCCACGUGAGCAUGGAUCUCCCGGAGCUGCAGGGAGACCCCGAAACUGUCGCCCGUGAAAAGGCACGCGCUGCCUCGCGGAUCUAUGGAGGUCCCGUGCUUGUUGAAGACGUCAGUCUCUGCUUCAACGCUUACAAAGGCCUGCCAGGUGUAUAUGUGAAAUCCUUUUUAACAGCUGUGGGGCCAUCUGGUCUCUGUAAUAUGCUCUUGCCCUACGAGGACAAGAGUGCCUAUGCGCUUUGCAUUUAUGCAUUCUGCGACGUGACUGUAGACGAUAAACCGGCACUAUUUACGGGACGUGCAGACGGAAGAAUUGUCCCUCCCAGAGGGCCGCAAACCUUUGGCUGGGAUUGCAUAUUUGAGCCACUGGAGGGCGGCGGUAAGACGUACGCUGAAAUGGAAAUGGUAGAAAAGAGCGCAAUUUCGCACAGAGGCAAGGCUCUAGAGAAGGUUAAAGCGUUUUUGACUAACUCGGGGGUCAAAGUACCUUGUGUAAAAUAG